ACAUUAUAAAACAUCUCAACAUCCUUGAGAACUGCCUUUUUGAAGUGGAGGGAAAGAAAACAAUCCGGCUUGUCUCGUAUUUAAAUUUCAGCCAUGAGUGGAUGUCCUUAUUUUCAGAGGAAAUUUGUGUCAACCAGUAAGCAGCAUCUGAAAGAAGAUGAGAACGAUGAUUCUCAGACUGGAGUUAAUAAGGCCAGCAAAGGAGGUCUUAUUUAUGGUGACUAUCUGCAGCUGGAUAAAAUAGUGACAUCUCAGGUGCUUCAAAGUGAGCUGAAGGGAAACAAGAUCCAUGACGAACAUCUGUUCAUCGUCACACAUCAAGCAUACGAACUGUGGUUUAAACAGGUUCUGUGGGAGCUGGACUCAGUGAGAGAAAUCUUCAUCAGUGGACAUGUACGUGACGAGCGAAACAUGCUCAAAGUCAACACUCGCAUCCACAGGAUUGUGAUGAUAUUCAGAUUGCUGCUCGACCAGUUUGCUGUUCUGGAAACCAUGACUGCCUUAGACUUCUAUGACUUCAGGGAAUAUCUCUCACCUGCUUCAGGCUUCCAGAGUCUGCAGUUUCGACUAUUGGAAAACAAGAUUGGGGUCCCGCACAACCAGAGGGUCCCUUACAACAGAAGGCAUUACCGGGACAAUUUCCGUGACCAGGAAAGUGAGCUGCUCCUCCAUUCAGAGCAGGAGCCCACGCUGCUGCAGUUAGUGGAGCAAUGGCUGGAGAGAACGCCUGGCUUGGAGGAAGAUGGCUUCAAUUUUUGGGGGAAACUGGAAACCAAUAUUUUCGAGGGGCUCAGGAGAGAGAAAGAAAUAAUAGAGCAAAAACCAGCCUCCGAGAUGAAAGAGGAGAUGAUGGGCGAGCUCAUUAAGCAGAGAGACAUUUUCUUAUCACUCUUUGAUGAGAAAAGACACGAUCACUUAGUAAGCACAGGUCAGAGGAGGCUGUCCUAUAAAGCACUGCAAGGAGCACUGAUGAUCUACUUCUACAGGGAGGAGCCUCGCUUUCAGGUUCCUUUCCAGCUCCUGACAUCUCUGAUGGACAUCGACACUCUCAUGACAAAAUGGAGAUACAACCAUGUGUGUAUGGUGCACAGAAUGAUUGGCAGUAAAGACGGCACAGGUGGCUCAUCAGGCUAUCAGUACCUGCGCUCCACUGUCAGUGAUCGCUACAAGGUGUUUGUUGAUCUGUUUAACCUGGCCACCUUCCUGGUUCCGAGGGAGUGGGUUCCCAAGAUGGACCCGAGUGAGCACACCUUCCUAUACAUGGCCGAAUGCUGCGACAGCUCCUACUGCAGCAGCAGCAGCGAUGACUCAGACUAAACAGAUGGAGGGAUGAGCAAAGGAUGGACAGCGUUUGCAGAGUACAGAAGAAAAAAAAAAAGCUUCACACCUCACAAGUCUACCAUCACCCAGAUUUAUGUCACCAAAAACUUUUUAAAUGACAGAAUGAGAGGCUACAAAGCUGUGCUGAUUUUACAGAAGUUCUAGAAUAUGAAUUGAAAAGAUAUGAAUAUGAAAAGUCAAUUUAACAACAGCGUCAACAAAAUAUCUACAUCAGUAAAACUGUUGAUGCACUUGUGUACAUACUGUCAAUAUAAUAUAAUAUUUUAACAUGUAAUCACCUGAUUUCUAUUUUGUAAAUACAAUACACACACAUAGAGAAACUUCUUGUUUAUUUGAAAAAAAUAAAAUAAAAUAAAA